UAUAUAUAUAUAUAUAUAUAUAUUUUAUUAUAUAUAUUUUAUUAUUUAAUUUAAAUAAAAGAAAAGAAAAAAGAAAAUUUUUCCUUCCUUCUUCCUCCCGUUUUCUUCUUCUCCUUCACCCUGCCCUAGCCUCCAACCGCCGGCUCUUCUUCCCCGUUCACCAGUUACAGCCGCCACGCCAUCGCACCUCCGCCAGAUCGAGCCGUCCACCGGGUACGUCUGUUUCUUUCUCCGUUCACCGAAGCCGAACUCAACCGCCACGUCUGUUUCUUUCUCCGUUCACCGAAGCCGAACCCAACCGCCACUCUUUAUUUUUCUUCUUCAAUCCAGAAACCGCCUCUGCAACCGUCGGCCGCCAUCUCUGUUCACGAAGCAAGGCCGCCGCGUGAACCUGUAACCGCCAGCUGUCUCCCCUCUCCUUUCUCCUCUAUUUUCAGCCCAGCCGCCGCCGAUUCCUUUCUCCUCCGUUUUCUGCACUGCCGCGCGACUCUCCGUCCGUCUGUAUACAGUCUCUCCGUCGCACGUCGUCUCUUCACAAAGCUGCUGCUCGACUUCUUCCGCGAAUAACACCUUUGACGUCCGCGCAAUCAGGUUUUAAUUCGCUACCGUGAACCGAACUAAAGACCCCAGAUCCAACUUUCUGCGCGUCGAGUUCCUUCUUCGUCCUGCCGCAGGUUGAAGGUAACGCUCGAAUUCUUUGGGUUCGCAGCAAACAAUCGAUUCUAGUUGGAACUCGUUUCGCGAAGAUUUGGGUUCGUUCUUCGUAGACUUAACGUGGUUAAGGAGCUUAACUAACUUGAAAGCAAAGGUAAUAAAGGUGGCAAACCGGCGAGGGGCAGGAAGGAAGCGUGAUUGCCAUAGGAAAUGUGUUAUUUUGCUUCCGCUUAUUGUUUCUUUUGAGGUUUAAAGACGUUGUAUUGAAACUUAGCUUACAAACUUUUAAUUGUAAAUAGUAUUUUUUUUAAGUUUUUGAAUAUUUGAAAAUCAGGCCUGACUUAAAGUUGUUUUUCAAUUGGCUUACGUUUCAUUUUGUAUCAACCAAUGUCUUUUGUCAAAAAUUAAUGACCUCGACUUACUUAGAAAAGUUGGGUCGUUACAAUUGGUAUAAGAGCCUAAGUUUUAGGCUGUAGACUGACUUACGAUGUAAGUCUAUGUUUUAUGUCCCUAUGGCUAACGCGACCCUUCGUCUCUCGUCAGGAAUUAUGCCGCCAAAGAGAGGUGUACGUAGAGGAGGUCGUAGAGGUCGGGGUAAAGGAGCAGGUCGUAAUCAACCUACUGAGGGUCAAGCUGAACAGCGAGUUCCUACUGCACCUGUGACUCACGUUGAGUUUGCUGCACUGUCUGCUCACAUGGAGCAGAGGUUCACGGAGCUUAUGACGGCUAUAGCUCAGAACCAGCAGGCACCUGCAGUUCCACCUGCACCUGUGAUUCCCCCGGUACCAGCAGCUCCACCUGCACCAACAACCCCUCCUGCACAAGGAUUGGCUGCACAACAGCCGCAGAUAUUACCGAACCAACUUUCUGCUGAGGCGAAACAUUUGAGGGACUUUAGGAAAUAUGACCCUCAAACGUUUGAUGGGUCACUGGAGGAUCCUACUAAAGCUGAGUUGUGGUUGUCCUCUGUGGAAACCAUAUUUAAUUACAUGAGAUGUCCAGAGGAGCAUAGAGUUCAGUGUGCUGCUUUUCUACUGAGGGACAGAGGCAUUAUCUGGUGGAGGACUACGAUGUGUAUGCUAAGUGGAGAUGUGAGGCAGGUUACCUGGGAUCAGUUUAAAGACUGCUUCUAUACCAAGUUUUUCUCGGCUAACCUUAGAGACGCCAAAAGCCAGGAAUUCUUGGAGUUGAAGCAAGGACAUAUGACAGUCGAGGAGUACGACCAGGAGUUUGAUAUGCUGUCGCGUUUUGUCCCUGAACUUGUUGGUAAUGAGCAGGCUAGAGCUGAUAGGUUCAUCAAAGGAUUGAGAGAUGAGAUUAGAGGCUUUGUGCGAGCACUAAAGCCCACUACCCAGGCUGAAGCGCUGCGUCUGGCAGUGGAUAUGAGCAUUGGGAAGGAUGAAAUUCGGGCAAGGAGUUUUGAUAAGGGAUCGUCAUCUGGUCAAAAGAGGAAAGCAGAGCAGAGAACUGUGGGAGUUCCUCAGAGGAACUUGAGAUCAGGCGAUCCUUUUCGCAGUUUCCAGCAGAGUUCUGGCGGGGCAGGAGACACUACUCGAGAGAAGCCACUAUGCAAUACGUGUGGGAAACGCCACCUGGGUCGUUGUUUGAUGGGAACGAGAGUCUGUUAUAAGUGCAAGCAAGAGGGACAUAUGGCUGAUAGGUGUCCCUUGAGAUCUACUGGGGCUGGACAGAGCAGUUAGGGAGAGAGACCUCCAUAGCGGGGUACAGUCUUGCCACUAAUAGAUCAGAAGCAGAGAAGGCCGGCACAGUGGUGACAGGUUGAAGGUAACGCUCGAAUUCCUUGGGUUCGCAGCAAACAAUCUAUUCUAGUUGGAACUCGUUUCGCGAAGAUUUGGGUUCGUUCUUCGUAGACUUCAACGUGGUUAGACUUCAACGUGGUUAAGGACUUCAACGUGGUUAAGGAGCUUAACUAACUUGAAAGCAAAGGUAAUAAAGGUGGCAAACCGGCGAGGGGCAGGAAGAAAGCGUGAUUGCCAUAGGAAAUGUGUUAUUUUGCUUCCGCUUAUUGUUUCUUUUGAGGUUUAAAGACGUUGUAUUGAAACUUAGCUUACAAACUUUUAAUUGUAAAUAGUAUUUUUUUAAGUUUUUGAAUAUUUGAAAAUUAGGUCUGA